AUGGCAAGAGAAGCUGCAGACCAAAAGCAGCGUAGAAUAUUGACAACUUUCUUCAAACCUAGCUCAACUAAUGCAGCAUCAACUGUCACGUCUGAAGAUAUUGCUGCAGAUGAUGUGAAUUAUGAGCCACCAUCAAAAAGGCCAUGCCCGGAACUUGAAGCCUCUCUACGGACAAUAGCCAUGAGUAAUCGUGAUGAUACUGAAAAUUCAGUUACAGAAACUUGCAUGGUCCCUCAGGUUCAUGCCGAGGAAGCUGCAAAUACGCGAUCAGAUUUAGUUUCUUCGGACCCUGCUGAUUGGAAUAUAACCGAUACCUUGAGAGCAAUUUUAGUCGAAAGAGGUCCCGUUCAAGAUCGUAGAUACUGGCCCGUCACAGGUACGUCUGAUUGGAAUCAUCUCGCACAAAAAAUUUCAACCCAUGAAAAAUCUGGUGAACAUUGUGAAGCUUUCAAACAGUGGAAGGAAUUUAGUUCACGUUUAAGACUGCACCAAACGAUAGAUGCAGAACAUGAACGCAUGAUGGGCGUUGAGAAAAACUAUUGGCAUGAGGUUUUAAAACGAAUAAUUGCUAUUCUACAAUUUCUGGCAGGACAAUCUCUUGCACUGCGGGGAUCAUCGAGUAAGUUAUACGACUGUAAUGAUGGGAAUUUUCUAAAAGAUCAUUUGGUACAGUUAAUCUCAGCUGCCAAAUAUUACUCAAUAAUUUUGGAUUGCACGCCCGAUAAAAGUCGCCAAGAACAACUCUCAAUUAUUAUAAGAUUCGUGACAUUUGAUGACAGACAGAACACCCAUCAAAUACGAGAGCACUUUUUUGGUUUUCUACCGGUUGUCAUUACCACGGGAGAAGGACUCACUAACGUCAUUUUAGAUCAAUUGAAUAACCUCGGUAUACCAAUAGGUAACAUGCGGGGACAAGGCUAUGAUAAUGGCGCAAAUAUGAAAGGUAAGCGAUCAGGAGUUCAGAACAGAAUCUUGCAAAUCAAUCCACGAGCUACAUUCGUCCCGUGCUCUUGUCAUUCGUUGAAUCUUGUCGUUCAUGACGCGGCUGCUGCUUCUGGUGAAACUGUUGGGUUUUUCGAUAUAAUUCAGCAGCUGUAUGUAUUUUUCUCGGGAUCGACAAUGCGAUGGGAUGUACUGAAAAGGCAUAUAACAUCAUUGACCGUAAAAGCAGUUAGCACAACAAGAUGGGAGAGUCGUAUCGAUGCUUUAAAACCUUUGCGCUUUCAGCUCGGAGAGGUUUAUGACGCUCUGAUUGAAAUUUCUAUGGGUGAAGGCAGAGAUAAGCUGACGCAACACGAAGCAAAAAGUUUGGCUGCACGCAUUUCUGACUUCAAGUUCAUAUGUAGCAUUUUAAUUUGGUAUGAUGUAUUGUCAAAAGUGAAUAUCGUUUCAAAAAUGCUACAAAGUCCAGAAUUACACAUUUCGGACUGCAGCCAGCUCCUUUCUGAAGUGUCAAAAUUUCUCCAAGAGUAUAGAUCCGAUGAAAGUUUUGCUAAUUUAAUUGAACGUGCCAAAGAUGUAGCUACCGAGGUAGAAGUUGAGCCUUGUUUUCAGCCGAUCAGCGGUGUUCGUAUGCGACGCAAGAAGAGGCACUUCGAUUACGAAUCACAAGAUGAGACACUAUCAGAUCCGACAGCAAAAUUUAGAGUCGAUUUUUUCCAUUUCAUAAUUGAUACGGCGAUGUCUUCCAUCGAAGAGCGUUUCAAACUGCUCCGGUCUCACAAUGAUCAUUUUCAAUUUCUCUACAAUAUCACCAACUUGAGAGCUGCAAGCGAUUCAGAUGUUCUCAAAGCUUGUCAAAAGUUGUCUAAAUUUCUAACUGAUGGAGACAGUACAGAUAUUGAUGAUGCCAUUGAUUUUUGCCAAGAACUAAAAGACUUGUCGACCUUUUUGCCAAAAAAUAGCACACCUUUAGAGGUACUAAAUCACCUGCACAAGUAUGAUAUGAAAUCUAUGUACCCAAAUACUGUGGUAGCGCUACGAAUUCUUCUAACCCUUCCAGUUUCAGUCGCUUCCGGGGACCGUAGUUUCAGCAAAUUGAAAAUAAUAAAAAACUAUUUACGUUCUACCAUGAGCCAAGAGCGUUUGGUUGGGCUAUCGACGAUUUCUAUAGAAUCCGAUCUAUGUGAAUCGUUAGACUAUGACGAACUUAUCGCUGAAUUCGCAAGAAUAAAGGCACGAAAAGUUCAGCUUUGA